AUGUCUUACCCUCAACACAUCAUAGACAUGGCACACCGCUGCCUUCGGGAACGAGAGGAGAAAAUUAGGCUCCUCUCGCUCAAUUCCAGCGGAGAGAAGACUGAGAAUAACUCUCCUCAGUCUAAUUCUCCUCAGCCUCAGCCUGAGCCCGAGCCCCAGUCCCAAGCCCCCGCCCAGCAGCCUCAACCUCCCAAAGAGGCUCAGCAAGCCGCAGCGCCGAAACGUCAGAUUCGUCGCCGACAUCUACCUGAAGUGAAUCGGGAGAUACAGGCUGAGGUGGCCGCCGACCUGGCGAGGUGGCCACUCAUAACAAGGGAGCCAAGACAAGGAUCGGCUCUCCGCAGGCAUGGGGCCAUGCACCAGCAUUUCAGGGGGGUGCCGAACAACCACGCGUUCCGAGGUGGGUUCCUACACCGCAACACCCGACCUAGUCCCAACCAGGCGGAGACCGAGGAUUCGGGCUCCCGGCGAACUAGCAAUAGUUCGAUCCAGAAAACGCCCCCCUCAUACUUCGGAGGGAAGAAGAGCAAAACCCCUUCUCCCAUCUUUGGGAAGGGGUCUAACGGUAACACCCCUCGUAGGCUAAGCGCCUGGGGUGAAUUUGCCACGGACCCCCUCGGUGUAUUGGACCGGCGCCAUUACCGGGACUACCGCCACCAUCCGUAUUAAGCGGGUGGAGGUGGCUUUAUUGUUUCUUUUGUGUUACUCUAGAAUUCGCCGCCCUCAAAGGGUUCGAUCAUGCUAUAGAAUUCUAGUUCCCGCUCCCCUGCCCCAAGCCCCUG